UGAUACUUUUGCAUUUUAAUGAAAUAUUAAGAAAAAAAUAAGAUUACACUAAUUAUUUAGUAAUUGUAUUAUUUUAGUAUGUCUCAUUCUUCAUUUGACUUAAAAAAAUAGUAAUUACAAUAUAACCAAUUCAAAAAACACAGAAUGAAGAAAUGCCACAAAUGUGAAAAGCCAGUUUAUUUUGCCGAACGUAGACAAUCUAUAGGAUAUGAUUGGCAUCCUGAAUGCCUGAGGUGCCAGGAAUGUGGAAGGAGACUAGAUCCAGGUCAACAUGCAGAGCACAAAGGAGUACCCUAUUGCCAUGUACCAUGUUAUGCUGCAUUAUUCGGCCCUCAAUUGUUUGGACAUGGUACAAGAGUUGAAUCUCACAAAAGUUUUGGUCAGAAAGGACCCAUUCGUUCUAAUAGCACUGCCCUACUUCCGAGAACACAUUUAGAAUCAAAGUUAAAGGUUUUCAAUCAAUUCCAUGAAAAUAUUGGGAAGAGUGGUGAAGUUCGAAGUAGAGAAGUUAAUGGUCGAUUAGUUCUAGAAGGAUCAUUAAGAGUUUAUUGGGGUGUUCAAGCUGUGAUUCAUUUGAAGGAAGAUGUUGAUCAACGUACUCUAGUCACAAGGGGUCGUGCAAUAGAAGUAGAGAAUAAAUUAGAUGCUGCCGAAAAUUCAAAUUUGGAUAAGAAUCUCGAUUCUGGUAUUUCAUCAAUGAGCUCUACAGAAAAUACCUCUUCCGAGGACAAUUCUGAUGCAUCAAGUGAACAAUCAAGUCAAUCAUCAGAAAGUUCCUUGUCGCCUUCACAAAAGUGCCUUACAUUACCGCCAAAAUUAGAUAUAAAGCAAAUAGAUUGGGAUGAGUUGGACGAACUUUUACAAGUUGAGAGAGUUGUGGAUGAUUCUGACAAGAUAUAUCAAACUAUGCCAAAUAAGCCAAUGCAUACAUCUGACAUAGAGAAGCCAAGCAAAGUUCAGCAAACAGAUCCAAUGGAUUCUAUGUUUAAUUUAAGUAGAAGUAUGAUUGAAACUACUGAUAAAAAUGACAGCGAUGAUAUUGUAGUACAAUUCAGUAAAAGUUGUGAUAAAAGUCCAAGACCUAUAGACCCGUCUCGUAUUAAUGAUUCUCUCAAGUUAUAUACAGAAAGUGUUAAUAAAAAUAAUAAUUUAUCAGAUGUGUAUGUGAAAAGAGAUAUACAACAAGAGGUUUUGAAUGAAAAUGUAGCAAAUGAAAAAUUAGCUGCAGCAGCAUUGUAUGAUUCAGAUGAUGACGAUAAAUAUUAUAUGAAAAAUGAAUCUAAUAAUAGCGAUAAAUCCUCAGAAGAAUAUAUCAGAAAGAAUAGAAGCACAGCUAUCAAGAGACGAUCGGGUAAAAGAAGAUCGAGAACAAAAUUGCAAAGAAGAUGUUCUAUAAAUGGACAUUUUUAUAACAGAGAAACAAGCUUUUUUACACCACCUCAUGGUUCACAAAUGAAUGUUUGGGUUAGCUCUUUGCUUGAUACUCGGGCUGUGAUAUCAUUACUAUUGGAUAAGUAUAAAGUGGAUUCUAAACCAGAUAAUUUUGCAUUAUUUGUAGUGAGAGAUAAUGGAGAGCAAAAACGUUUGGCUGCCAAUGAAUCACCAUUGGUUAGAAGAAUUUUGUUGGGGCCUCAUGAAGAUGUUGCUAGAGUAUUUUUAAUGGAUAGUGUUGCUCGUGAUAUCACACCACAAGUCGCCCAAUUUUUGAAUUUGAGUAUUGCAGAAUGUAAAGCAAUCUUACAACAGUAUGAUGCUGAAGAACAGCGAGAAAUUGCACGUAUACAAGAAAGGUACAAAGAAUUAAGUAGAAGGAUAUUGCAACGUAUGGAAACUCUAAAAGUUCGAUUAUAAAUAUUUGUUGCAAUAUUUGUAAAAAUAUCUAUAAAAAUAUAUUCAUUUUUCUACUAAAACCACAUAUUAGAUUUUCACGUGCACA